AUGCGUCCAGCCCCGAAGGGCCGGGGCGCGGCUCUGCCGCCUUCCCCGGGCGGGGAGCUCGGGACGCGCUCGGUGGCGGUUCUGCAGGUCCUCUUGGCCGUCUCUCUGGAUUUGGAGCAGUGUUCCCUCAAAGUGCUGGAGCCAGAAGGAAGUCCCAGCUGGAGCCUCCUGCAGCUCCUGGGAGAUCGGGGUUGCACUGUGGUGGAGCUGGUGGAGUUCCUGCAGGCCCUGGAGCACACAGAGGCUCUCCAGUGCCUCAGCCAGUCUGGUAUAAAGAUUGUUGUACAGCCAGACUCUCAAGCAGUGCUCUCGGGUCAGAUUGUCAGGCUGUGUUGUUGGGCAACAGGACACCCGUUUGUGCAUUACCAGUGGUUCAAGCAGGAAAAAGAGGUUCCGCAUGGUAAUUCUCCAGAGCUGAUUCUGAAUCCAGUGAAUGUCGGCGAUGCUGGCUUUUACAUCUGUCGAGUGAACAGUGAAUCUUCCUUUGUGUUCAGUCGGUGGGCACGACUUGACGUUUGUGAGCUCCAGAGAACAUCUCACGGGAGCUUAGUUGGUUUGCCUGAAAACAAGUUGCACAUUUGUAUUCAGCCUCAGCCACAAAACCUGGUAGUGGGGGACACUUUGGUGCUGGAAUGUGGAGCUAUUGGAAGCCCAAUUCCUCGUUACCAGUGGUUCAGAAAUGGAUUUCCAUUGGCAAAUGGGACAAAAAAUGUCUACACGGUAACUUGCGUGGAUGUGGAUCAUCAAGGGACGUACUGGUGUCACGUAUUCAAUGACAGGGAAGAUCAAGACAGCUGGAAGAUAGAAGUUGUUAUAGGAAGGAAAGCUGUGGCAGUGGAGUGCACUGAAGAGGAACUAAGUCAUCUUCACGAACCAGCAACAGACAAGGUAGCUCUGCUGAUAGGAAAUAUGAGCUACUGGAAUCACCCCCAGCUCAAGGCACCGAUGGUAGAUGUCUAUGAAUUGACAAAUUUGCUCAGACAGCUGGAUUUCAAAGUUGUUUCUUUGCUCGACCUUACCGAGUCUGAGAUGCGAAAUGCAGUAGAUGAGUUUUUACUUCUCCUGGACAAAGGAGUCUAUGGUUUGUUAUACUAUGCGGGCCAUGGCUAUGAAAACUAUGGAAACAGUUUCAUGGUUCCUAUUGAUGCUCCAAGCCCCUACCGAUCCGCAAACUGCCUGUGUGUGCAGAACAUCCUCAAACUCAUGCAGCAAAAAGAGACGGGACUUAACGUGUUCUUACUGGAUAUGUGUCGGAAAAGAAAUGAAUAUGAUGACACAAUUCUUAUCUUAGAUGCUCUGAAGGUUACGGCAAACAUUGUUUUUGGAUACGCAACGUGCCAAGGAGCAGAAGCUUUUGAAAUUCAGCAGUUGGGGUUGGCCAAUGGAAUCUUUGUGAAGUUCUUGAAGGACCGUUUGUUAGAAGACAAGAAGAUUACUGUACUGCUUGAUGAGGUUGCAGAAGAUAUGGGCAAGUGUCACCUUACCAAAGGCAAGCAGGCUUUGGAGAUCCGCAGCAGUUUGUCUGAGAAAAGGGCAUUAACUGAUCCCAUUCAGCAAACCGUGUCUUCCGCAGAGUGUCUGGCACGGAACCUGCAGUGGGCCAAAGCGCACGAGCUGCCCGAAAGUAUGUAUCUUGAAUUCAAAUGUGGUGUUCAGAUUCAGUUGGGAUUUGCAGCCGAGUUUUCCAACGUCAUUAUAAUCUACACGCGCAUAGUGAAGAAGCCCCCUGAAGUCGCAGUUUGCAGAGCCUACGUUACAGACUUCCCUCUCGACCUGGAUGUGGAUCCCAAAGAGGCCAAUAAAGGAACUCCUGAGGAAACAGGAAGCUAUUUGGUAUCAAAGGACCUUCCCAAACACUGCCUCUACACCAGGCUGAGUUCACUGCAAAAACUAAAGGAACACUUGGUCUUCACUGUUUGCUUGCACUAUGAGUAUCCAGGAAUAGACGAUGCAAUGGAUGAAAGGAAGGAAGUUAAUGUUGGGAAGCCCCUUAUUGCUAAGUUAGGCCUUCAUCAUGAAUUCAAAACCAGUAACUGUCUCCAGACCUGCUGCAUGGCUGGUAAUCCUUUUCAUAACCAGACAGAAUCAAGUCCAGUGGCAACUACGUACUAUGUGCCUGGUCGUUGCCAACCAAACUCCUGUCCCGGCGUUUCCAGUGCAAACCGCGUUGGCCCAGGCACUGUCAGACAGCCCGAGGCGUGCUCCUGCAAUGGCACAUCAAGGAGAUUAGCUUCAAGACACAAAGUACAGCAUUACUUGCUCCCUGUGGAAAAGAGUAACGUACCAGUAGAGACCACUGAUGAUACCGUUGACCUGGAAUUCCUUCUCUCUGACAGCCUCCAGUUCUCUAAAGAGCAGUAG